AUGGGUAUACCACAUCUACAUCUCCCGUCAAAGCUGGAGCUCCCAAUAUAUAGCACCAUCCCCCUGGCUAUCGGGAUCGUCGCACUCGUUCGAGCCGCAUGGGGAGUCUUGCGCUUCAUCAGGUUUCACUUGCUGAACUUCAACUCCAAACACGCGCUGGAGAAAUACCACCACGGGCGCAGCUUCGCCCUGGUCACGGGCUCCGCGGCCGGGAUCGGCUUCGGCUUCGCGCAGGAGCUCGUGCGCCGCGGCUACGGCGUCAUCAUCCACUCGCGCAGCCAGCACAAGCUGGACGAGGCAACGGCCAGGCUGAAAGCCAUCCGCCCCGACCCCUCUGUGCGCCACCUCGUGUGCGACGCCUUCGACUUCACGCCCGACGCGCUCCAUGCCGCCCUGAACGCGUUCGCGGACCUGCCCCUCUCCGUCCUCGUUAAUAAUCGCGCGCGACGUCGACAUGACACCUACAGCGCGCGCGACGUCGACAUGUCGGUCGCCUUGAACGCGCGCUUCAUGGCGCAUGUGACGCGCGCCAUGCUGCCCGCGUUGCGUCGGGCCCCGCGAUCUUUGAUCCUCAACCUGACCUCCGCCGCCCGCGACGGCAUGCCCUGGAGUGUCGCGUACUCGGCAGCCAAGGGGUUCGCGACGUCCUUCAGCUACGCGCUGACUCGCGAGUUGCGCGCCGUGGGGGCGUCGGUCGACUGCCUGCUCGUCGUGCCAGGCACGGUGCACUCUCAGUACAACAACCGGAAGCAGCCGCGCGGCACACCGACUGCGGACGCAUAUGCGCGGAUGACGCUGGAGAGGGUGGAUGCGGCGGUGGGUUGGGGGUGGCUAGAGAUGGUACCGUCGAUGCACCAUGAUCUGCUGCUCGGGGUUGGGGCGCUGCUGCCAGAGAUGGUGUAUCAGAGGGCACUGGUGGGCCAGAUGCAAAGAUACUUGAAACCUAAAGACGGCAAGAAGGACUGA